AACCGGGGUGGUUUGUCUUUGCAGAAUAUCCGUGCAUUUGCAAGGUUGUCGCUAAUAAAACCUUUUAAUCAGGUUAUUUUUAAAUGCCAUAUUAAUCGAAUAUUAAUGAAUAUUUAAUAUGUCCCGUAUUUAUUGCUGUCGUCGGCACAAAGCGAUAGAAAGGAGAUACAAUUAUUUAUCAAUUAUUUAAAAUACUAUAAUUCAAUUUAUACAUUUUCCACAGUCAAAGCUUUAAACAUGGAAGUAAAACUUUGAUUAGCUCUCUCAUAGACGUUGUAAUGGCACAGAAAUACAGAUCGGUUUUUCUCAGAUCAGUGCAGCAUGUGUUGAGGAGUUCACAUAGAGAAGUGUGUGUGUAUAACAGAAGAUUAUUGUCUGCAAACAACCACAUCUGCUUUAUAAAACCAACUCAAACUCCAAGAUUAUUAGCAUGUGCUCAUACCUUCAAUAGAAACAGCUCUAGUCACACUUCAGAUCAAAGCAGUUUUUCUUUGAGAAGCCACACAUGUGGAGAACUGUGUUCCAGUCAUAUAGAUGAAGAAGUUACUCUAUGUGGCUGGAUACAGUAUUUGAGACAGGAUCUUUUUGUGAUCUUGAGAGACUUCAGUGGAUUGGUGCAAAUUCUUAUCCCACAGGAUGAGUCUGAAUUGAAGAAUGCUUUUCUUGGCCUCACAGUGGAGUCGGUCAUUAUGGUGAAAGGAAAGGUUCGGCGUAGACCAGAGGGACAGGAAAAUAAGAAAAUGUUCACAGGAGAAAUUGAAGUCUGUGCUGAAAGUAUGGAAGUGUUGAAUACCUGCCGAAAACUGCCUUUUGAAAUAAAAGACUUUGUCAAGAAAUCAGAAGCCCUCCGGAUGCAGUACCGCUAUCUUGAUCUUCGGUCAUCCAUGAUGCAGUACAAUUUAAGACUACGGUCACAAAUGAUGAUGAAAAUGAGGGAUUACCUUUGCAAUUUGCACGGUUUUGUGGAUGUGGAAACACCAACUUUGUUUAAAAGAACACCUGGGGGUGCCAAAGAGUUUGUGGUGCCAUCUGGAGACCCUGGAAAGUUCUACUCUCUUCCACAGAGCCCGCAGCAAUUCAAACAGCUCCUCAUGGUGGCAGGCAUAGACCGGUACUUUCAGCUCGCUCGCUGUUACAGAGACGAAGGCUCCAAACCCGACAGACAGCCCGAAUUCACACAGGUGGAUAUUGAGAUGUCCUUUGUAGACCAAGCUGGUAUCAUGAGUUUGAUCGAAGGCUUGCUUCAGUACUCCUGGCCAGAAGACAAAGGGCCGAUUAACGUUCCCUUUCCCUCCAUGACCUAUGAGGAGGCUAUGAGAGACUUCGGGGUGGACAAACCGGACACAAGAUUUGGAAUGAAGCUCGUGGAUGUCACAGCGGCUUUCCAAGGCACACAGAUCGAAUUCAUCAAGGAUGCGCUACUUAAACCGGCAGGCUGCGUUCAGGCCAUCUGUAUCCCAGAGGGAACGAAACACCUGAGGGCCAAAGACUUCGAGUUCCUGAAAGAAGCAGUCAGGACACAGUAUGGUCAGGAGGUGAGCGUGGCUUUGGUGAGGGCAGAUGGUUCAAUGAAAUCCCCUCUCAGCCGACUGCUCUCGGAUUCGGCCAGACAACAGCUGCUCCAGAUGGCCCGGGCCAACGCUGGAGACUUGAUCUUCAUCACAGCCGGACCCCGGGAGAACACGCGCCCUCUCCUUGGGAAACUGAGACUUCAGUGUGCAGAGCUGCUUGAGAGCUACGGCGUGCCUGUUCGUGACCCCACCGUCUUUCACUUCCUGUGGGUGGUCGACUUUCCCCUUUUCGUACCCAAAGAGGAUAACCCAGAGAUGCUGGAGUCUGCCCAUCAUCCCUUCACCGCCCCAGUACCCGAGGAUACCCAUCUGCUGUACAACAAUCCCCAAAAGGUGCGAGGCCAGCAUUACGACUUGGUUCUGAAUGGCUGUGAGAUCGGUGGAGGCUCCAUUCGCAUCCACAAUGCCUCUCAGCAGCUGUACGUCCUGGAGUCGAUCCUCAAGGAAGACCCUUCCCUUUUGGCCCAUCUGUUGGAGGCUCUGGAGUCCGGGGCUCCUCCGCACGGUGGUAUCGCGUUAGGGCUGGAUCGACUGAUCUCCAUCAUUGUAGGAGCUCCCAGUAUAAGAGACGUCAUUGCUUUUCCAAAAUCGUUCAGAGGCCACGACCUCAUGAGUCACGCUCCAGACUUUGUCUCCGAAGAUGACUUGAAGCCCUACCAUAUAUCAGUGAUCUGGCCCAACGUGGAUACAAAGGGUCAGCGGGAUAAUUAAGCUCUUAAACCGUUGAUAUGAGUAUGAUGUUCAUGAUUUCCGUGGGGACCAUGUGCUCGCCAUUUAUGCUUGUACCUGCUUGUGGGCUUUUUCAUUGGUGUAGACAAAUCAGAAGUCAACAGAUCGAUCAAACAUCCUCAUCAAAGCUGUAUUUAGUGUUUUCAAGUGUAAAUCUUUUAAAUUAAAAUCUUUCAAAUCUCUAAAGCAGCUGUCCUGGCAUUUUACACCACCCUUCAGAUUGCGUUACCCUUGCAUUGUUGUGUUUAAGGGUUAGGUUAAGUGGAGCUUAUUCUUAUGUUUUUAGGGAGGUAGCAAAAUCUGACUGGGUAGCACAAAUCGUCCAUCCCACUAGUGGAUAUUGAGAGUGCCUGAGUAUUUCAGUAGGGGGCAGUGUUGUUCCACUGCAACUGUUUGCACUGAUUUCCCCCCUUCAGAUGCCUUGCAGCGUAGGCAUAGCAUAUCUUGCAUUCUUCCACAUACCGAAUAAAGCUAUAUUUCAGUUUUCCUCAGCGAUGCCUUAUCUGCAAAACCAGAGGCUCAUUUUUCAUGCCCGGGUACAUCUACUCAUUACAAUCCGGUGUUAUUUUAAAGCAGACCUUUGCUUCGGAGCAAAAAAACGGCCACCCGGCUGUAAACACAGUGUUGUGUGUGUGCGACACACAGCUUUUGCUGUUUUUCCUAAUGAUAAGUUAAGUACGCACUCGCCGCUUGUUUACACGACCGGGUUUACUUUGAAGUACCUGCCCACGUCUGACAGUGAUGCAGGUAGAUGUUUAUAUUAAUGCUUUACAGAAAAAUGCACACUGUCAGAAAAAAAUGGCCCUAAGCUGUCAAAAGGGCAGGACAAUUUUAAAAGGUCUUAAAGGGACACUCCACUUUUUUUUGAAAAUAUGCUCAUUUUCCUGCUUCUCUAGAGUUAAACAUAUGAUUUUUACAGUUUUGGAAUCCAUUCAGCGGAUCUCCAGGUCUGGGGGUACCACUUUUAGCAUAGCUUAGCAUAAUCCAUUGAAUCUGAUUAGACCA